AUGGCCGUGGACGCCGAAGGUGACAUCCUUGCGCCGCACCUACUUGACAGAGACCAGAUGAACACGGCUAGUGAGGUCCUCUUCAAAAUGAGAGUUCACCGUGCUGUACUUCGUGGUACAGGCUUCUAUGAAGCGUUCAGGACGACACAAGACCUGAGGAUUGGCUGUUUGCCCGUAAUAAGUUACACCCGGCACGAUGAUCCCUACCUCAUUCAGUGCAUUCUUGAAGAGGCGAAUUACUUUGACCGAAAUCGCUUCCGGGCGUAUCUGAGUCAGCGUGCGCUCAAUAUUGGUAUCAUCAUCGGCGAACCGGGAUCUGGAAAGACCACGCUCGGGGUGGCUGCAGCCCUCGCUAUGGAGGCCAAACUCGGGAAGAUUUUGUGUUCCAAUCCUUCACAUACGUCGAUAGACCUCUUUGCCAGUCAUCUUGACACUAGAGGUCGUGCCGUAGCGGCGCGCUACAAUACCAUCCUACCCGCGGGCCACCCUGAUCGCCGCCGCCAUCAUCUGGUGAUACGCAUGUACGCGCAGAACGAUGAAAUGAUGGCGGUCGCUCAAAUUCUGAACAACCCCCAGGCUGUUGACUGGGCGCAGAACAUGGACGAGUUCUUUCGAGAAACACACUGGAAGAUGCACCUCUCUCUGGCCUACUGGACCUUGGCCAUCUUGCGGUCGAACGCUGUGCCAGCCCUCGACGCCGACUGCAAGCUGAACCUGCGCACUAUCCAAAGCUCCCUCGACAACGACGCCAGUGUCUUACCACUCCGCCAGGUCGCGCGUGGACACAUCAGCCGGGCGCAAUAUACCGCCACGCCGGAUGCCAUUCCGAUCCUUCAGAGAACUAUGUGCAGGAUCUUACGCCAGGCCGAUUUUCUAUGUGUGCAUCCGACGGAAGCGGAGAUCUCGCCGCUUCCUCUUUGGAAGAGUCUUUUUGCCAAAGUGAAUCGAGCCGACUUUUACGGUCUCUGGGGGAACAGCCUCCUUCCCGUCUUCCUCAUUGGAGAUCCUGGUGAGAAGCCUGUGGUUCUCACAAUCGACGAGGCUGACGAGAAUGGCAACUUGCUGAAUCGCUUUGUCGCAGACGGUGCAAUUUCGCCAUUGAAAUUCCUCGUGGCAGCUGGCAUCCCCGUGUUCCGCUUGUAG